AUGGCUGUUAUGCUUGUGGUUGGGGGGCUUACUUUAAGUCUGAUUAGUGCUUAUGCUCCUCAAGUAGGCUUGGGCAAGGAGGUCAAGAGGCAAUUCUGGGAUGACUUGGACGAAGUGGUGCGUAGUAUUCCGCGCACCGAGAAGAUUUUCAUUGGAAGGGAUUUCAAUGACCGGGCUAAUGUUGGGCGUUAUGACGAUGUGCAUGGAGGGUUCGGAUUUGGAGGUAGGAACAAGGGAGAACUUGGGAGCAACAGCGGGGACAAGAAGUUGUACAGGUUAGCCAAAGUGAGGAAGAGAAAGGCUCGUGACUUGGACCAAGUGAAGUGCAUCAAAGAUGAGGACGACAUAGCAUUGAUGAAAGACGCUCAUAUUAGAGGAAGAUAG